CAGAAAAACACCCUCUUUCUCUCUCUCAAGUCCCAUGCCAGCUUUGGAGGAAAGGGGAAGGUGUCCCUUUUUUUCCUGCAGCGUUCCUUCUUCUUUCUCUCUCUCUCAAAAGUGCCCUUAUUUUGAAGGACAUGGUCCAGUCCAUGAGGAAAUUGUGUCCAAAUUUUGAUAAAGAAGAUGGGCUCGACACGGUCCUGGAGGUGCCCAUACCGGAGGAGAUGUUCACGAACAUGGGCAAUAAUGCCGCCCUACGGUGGCAGAACAUGCGGUCGUGGAUGAGGGCUCAGCGUUCCGAUAAGUCGGCUAACAAUCAGGUGGCGGGAGGGUCUAGUGAUCAGUUUAUGCUGUUGCUUAAACUCAUUGGCUCUCCUCUUAUACCUUUCCAGGUCCAGACCGACCAUGCCAUGACUUUGCCCAUUAAAGAUGGCUCUAUAGAAGCAUCAACAGCAAAAUAUAUAGUACAACAGUAUCUAGCAGCAACAGGGGGACAAUCAGUUCUUAACGCAGUGAAUAGCAUGUAUGCAGUGGGACAGGUGAAGAUGGUGUCAUCGGACAUUCACCAAAGCGGUGACACCGUGAAUGCGAAGCGCAACUGUGAAGUGGGUGGGUUUGUGCUGUGGCAGAAGAAUCCGGACUUGUGGUUCCUGGAACUGGUGGUUUCCGGUUGCAAGGUGAGUGCAGGCAGUGACGGUAAGGUGGCGUGGAGUCAGUCCUCCUCUUAUCCUUCUCAGGCUUCUAAAGGCCCUCCUAGACCCCUUCGCCGCUUCUUUCAGGGCCUGGACCCCAGAUCAACAGCCAAUUUGUUCAUAAACGCAGUAUGCAUAGGUGAAAAGUCCAUCAACAAUGAAGACUGCUUCAUACUAAAACUAGAGACCAGUGCAGAUAUCCUCCAAGCACAUAGUACCCCCAACACUGAAAUUGUCCACCACACCAUCUGGGGCUACUUCAGCCAGCGAACUGGGCUCCUAAUCCAAUUCCAAGACUCCAAACUAGUGAGAAUGAAAGCUUCCAGGAGAGACGAGAGCGUGUUUUGGGAGACAAGUAUGGAAUCAUUGAUCGAAGAUUAUAGAUAUAUCGAAGGCAUCAACAUAGCACACAGUGGAAAAACUACAGCAACAAUUUAUAGAUACGGACGUGCAUUGAACCAUAGGGCAAAGAUUGAGGAGACGUGGAAGAUUGAGGAAAUUGACUUCAAUAUAUGUGGUUUGUCCAUGGAUUGUUUUUUACCUCCUGCUGAUGUGAAGAAGGAACACGAAAUUGAAGAAAAUGUCAUGAGCUAGUUGUAUUUGUUUUUUGCGAGCAAACAUACAAAAAAUUUUAUUGGGCCAAGCUUCUCUCCGGUUCGAGAUCGUGCAGGCUCACCAUGAGUGCUGUUUCAAAGAUCUGAACUGCUUAAUACGUAGAACACAUCAAAUACUUCAUUCUUGCAAAAAAUCACAUUAAUCGGAUAACGACAGCCACUUGAUCAAAUCAUAUUUCUAUCAACGGUAAAUAAGAUUUUCAAAAUAAAUUGUUGACGGAAAUUUGAUCUGAUUAAUUAUCUAUCGAUAUCCAAUCAACUUAAAUUUUUGCAAGCAUAAAAUACUCAAUAAGUUCUAUGUAUUGAACGAUUCGAAUUAUUGAAAUAGAACCUGUGGUAGACCACAUGGGCCCAAACAACACGAUUUAGUCCACACAGUGAACCGGAGAGAACUGAUCCUUUUUAUUAUAAGUGAAAGUUGAUCUGUAUAUAUAGGUGCAGAAAUUGAAAAUUUUUUUUUUUUUUUUUUUGUCCUUUGAAGUUCAUUCAU